CCCCAGCAUCCAAAGAGCAAAAAGCCAAACUGUGAAGUAACUUGGUUUGUCAACCAAAGUCCGAAGGCAGGACAGGAAAAAACAAUCGUUCGUUUUAGCUUGAUUUUUUUUCCCAUCUUGCAAGUUGUGGGUUGUUGUUUUUUUUUAAAUCCUUCCUCUGGUUUGGAUGCGAAAAGGGGCUGACAGGGAAAUAGGUCUGCAGGGCAAGGGGAAGAGUGAAAAUGCCGCAGCCCAUGCCACAGGAACCCCAGAAGGGGAAAAUGACUGUGCUGCUUGCUCUGGUGACACUCAUUGCGGCAUUCGGAUCACUUUCCAGUAUGGAUAUAAUGUCUCUGUGAUCACUUCUCCAGCUCCGUUCAUGCAACAGUUUUACAAUGAGACCUACCAGGGACGAUACAGUAAAUAUAUGGACGAGAGCUUGAUGACCGCUCUAUGGUCUCUGAGUGUGUCCUUCUUCCCACUUGGGGGGUUCUUUGGAUCGCUGAUGGUGGGGCCCAUGUGAACAACUGUGGCAGGAAAGGCACCCUCCUCA